CCUGCUUGCCCGGCGCUCUGCGCUCACUUCUCGCUCACACACUGCAGACUCCCGGCGUCGCCGCCGUCACCCGGCCUCGUCCCCGGCCCGGCACAGCGCUCCGCCCUUCUCCCGGGCUCUAGGCGCCCACCCACCCGCCAUGGCCUGGGCCUGGGACAAAGAGCGGUGCAUCUCGUUGCCCAAAUUCAAGUCUGCGCGCCGCGGCUGAGCGCCCACUCGCCUUGCGGAAAGAGCUGCGGAGGGACCGGCUGGAGACGGAGGUGGUGGCAGUCGGCAGCCAAACCAGGAGACCGGGAGGCAGAAGCUCGCGGCUCCUAGGAGCGCGCUCCCUUAGCCAGGGAUGGGACCUGGCGCGGCCCAGCCCCUGCCCGGCCCGCUUGGCAGACACUGAACUGCGUUUCCCCAUCGUCCUGUGGACCGCGGGACAGAGAGAGGCAGGAGCGACCGCCAGUAGCCUCCAGGCGGGACCUCGCGUUCUGCGCACCCGGCGCAGCGCCCCCCCGCCGGAGCCACGCCGGGCAAGCCGGCGAGGGAGUGGGGCUGAUUGGUGGCCGCCGGCGGCCGGGGGAGGGCGCGCCGCGCGGGGCCAUGGCCGGCUCGGAGGCGUCCUAGCCCGAGCGCGAGCGGGAUCCGAGCCCACGCUGCCGCCGCCUCUCCGCGCCAGGGCCCCCGCCGCCGCCGCGCCCCCCGCGGGAGAUGGAACAGCGGAACCGGCUCGGCGCCCUCGGAUACCUGCCGCCGCUGCUGCUGCACGCCCUGCUGCUCCUCGUGGCCGACGCUACAUUUACUGAAGUCCCUAAAGAUGUGACAGUACGGGAGGGAGAGGACAUCGAAAUGCCCUGCGCGUUCCGGGCGAGCGGAGCCACCUCGUAUUCGCUGGAGAUUCAGUGGUGGUACCUCAAGGAGCCGCCCCGGGACCUGCUGCAGGAGCUGGCGCUCAGCGUGCCUGGCGCCCGGAGCAAGGUAACAAAUAAGGAUGCAACUAAAAUCAGCACUGUGCGUGUCCAGGGUAAUGACAUCUCCCACCGACUGCGGCUGUCAGCCGUGCGGCGGCAGGACGAGGGAGUGUACGAGUGCCGCGUGUCAGACUACAGCGACGACGACACGCAGGAGCACACAGCCCAGGCGCUGCUGCGCGUGCUCUCGCGCUUCGCGCCGCCCAACAUGCAGGCAGCCGAGGCCGUAUCCCACAUUCAGAGCAGUGGCCCGCGGCGUCAGGGCCCUGCCGGCGCCUACAACGCCAACCACGUGGGCGCCCCCGGCGCCGCAGGCCGCGCCACCUCCGAGCCCGGCCGCAGCGACAAGAGCCCGCCUCCUGGGAGCCCUCCCGCCGCCCCAGGUUCCGCAGUCCCCGAGGCCGCCGCCGCCUCUGCGGUCCACACAGCCACCACCACCGUCGCGGCUGCAGCGGCUGCUUCAUCAGCGUCACCGCCACCCCGCCAAGCGGUUCUUCUGCGACAGAGGCACGGCUCCGGCACCGGCCCCACCUACACCACAGACCCUCUGCUGUCCCUGCUCCUGUUAGCUGCGCAUGAGUUCCUUCGCCUGCUGGUGGGACACUGACAGAGGCCGUCCUGCGUCCUGCGCGCCUCCGCGGCCCGCACGGCCCGCCCAGACCGCGGGUGACGAUCCGGCCGCAGACGGACACAGAGACUGAGAGAAGCAUGACAAAGUCCACGUGGAAAAUCAAUCAUAUUUUUGGGGAAGUUACUCAAGUGUAGAACACCAGAAACGAUGCAUCCA